AUGGUGUCACCUCCGGCCUCGUCUGGCCGGGUGCCCGCCGCAGGCGCCUCUUCUCCCUCGCCGGGCCCGGCAGCUCUUCAGCAGCCGUGGCUCGAGGGCCAGCUGCUCGUGCUGCCCAGCCCGCUGCCGCUGCACGUGCACUGCCCGGUGGCGGGGUGCCCUCGGUCAUACGCCAACCAGGUGCAGACCGCCGUCCGGCACAGCCUCCUACGGCACCUGCGGACCGACUUCCACCCUGGAACGUCGGUGACCGGGUCGGAGUGGCGUUCGUUCAAGCAGGAGUGCCACUGGUGCCGGAAGUGGUUUACGACCCGCCGUGGCGUGCUCAACCACCGCGCCCGCUGCCCGCGCCGGCCGCCGCCCGCCCCGCCGCAGCCCACCGACUGGGCCGCUGCGCUGGCGCGGCUCCGUGCCGAGACGGCCCCCGCCGCCGGCGCCCCUGCAAGACCGGCGACACCGACGAGCCCGGAGCUGGACCUGUCGCUGAGCCCUCCGCCGCCGCCACCUGAGACCUCGCCGUCGCCGGACUCAUCAUCCAAGACAGUUCAAUCGUCGCCGCUACACGAGGAUCUUCCCGCCUGUGACGGCGGCCCUGUGGACGCCCUGUCGCCGCACCGAGCGGAACGUCUCCAGCUCGUCGGACUCGACAUCAACUGCUGGCAGCGAGCCGGCCGCGUCUCCGGGCCGGGCGGCGCGCCGCCGCCGCUACCGAGCCAGGCGCCGAGCGGAGCGCCGCCGCUCGGACCACGUGGUGCCUGA